CAUUCGACCACGAAACAUAUUAUUAACGUAAUAGUAGAAUUUGAUCUGUUAACCAAAAUAUGGCACAGUUCUUUUAUCUUCACUGUUUCCCCAUAUUAUGUUGAUAUUAUUUUAAUUUGUAUCGAUCAGAACACAUAUAUCAUCCGUUGCAUUUGUAUAUAAUCAGCAUUUUGAUUGCUCUAGUUAGAUUUUCAUAUAGCUCUUAUCAACAUUGUUUCACCAUACGAACGAUAUAGGUAACAGUAUAAUUUUAACGUUACCAUUUAUUCAAUACCAUUUGUUGUUUGCAUGAACUGAGAACGACUACUCCUCGAGGUCAAAAAUAUUAACGCAGUUUACUUAUAAGUAAGAAAUACUGUUGGGUGAACAAUGGAAGUUGAAUAUCGAGAAGGAAUUCUCCAUAUUAAUUUUGAAAUACAAGAAGAAGAUAUUGAAAAUGGGGCGCUAGAAAUUUUAAAAGUUAUAAGGCCAGACUGGGAGAAAAACUAUAUAACAUUGAAGCUGUUGACAGAUGGGAUAACCAAUAAGCUGGUCGGAUGUAAACCUGAAGGCGCAGAAGACGAGGAAACGGUUCUAGUAAGAAUAUAUGGAAGAAAAACAGAUUUGAUUAUAGACAGGAAAGCAGAAAAAAGAAAUAUGAUUCUCUUGAAUAAAGCUGGAAUCGCUCCAAACCUGUAUGCUUCAUUUACAAAUGGAUUAACCUACCGAUUCUUACCUGGCAUUACAUUAAAUAACAAAUCAGUAAGAGAUCCAGUUAUCAGCAAACUAGUUGCGAGACAUAUGGCUGUAUUCCAUAAAAUUAAACCGAGUGAAGAUAAUAGAGAUACCUUCAUAUGGGACAAAAUUACAAAAUUCAUAGAAUUGGUACCGGACGUUUUCUCUGAUUCGGACAAAAAUGAAAGAUACAUAAAAAAUGUCCCCCACAAAUCCAUAAUUGUACAAGAAGCAUACAAAAUGAGACAAAUAGUAGAAAAUUUAGGAAGUCCGAUUGUUUUCUGUCAUAAUGACCUUUUAUUAGGAAACGUUAUUUAUAAUGAACAAGAAAACAAGGUUACAUUUAUAGAUUACGAAUAUGCAGCACCCAAUUACCAGUCGUUCGAUAUUGCUAACCAUUUUGCAGAAUUUGUAGGAUUAGAUAAAUUUGACUAUUCAUUAUACCCUGACAAAAAAUUCCAAACAAGCUGGAUACGUACAUAUUUAACAGAAUUAGAAGGAAGCGAACCAACAGACGAACAAAUAGAAACAAUAUAUGUUCAAGUAACUAAAACAGUGUUACUGACACAUAUAUUUUGGGGAAUAUGGUCAUUAGUACAAGCGGAACACUCAACUAUAGAUUUUGACUACAUGGGAUACGCUGCUGUACGUUUUAACGAGUACUUCACAAAAAAAGAUAAGUUUUUGAAUCUCGAAGCAUCUAGCUGAUUACUUUAUAUCCAAAGAUGUUCUUUGAAGAAGCCAUUUGCGUCCAGACCCAGAAAACUUUAUUUAGAAGAUAAUCAAGCAGCUAAAGACAUAUUCUAAGUGAAAUGAUUAGUUACUAGAAAUCGAUUGUUUUAUCUUGUUGGUUUACUCAAAUAGUGUAUUAUAUUGAAAAAAAUAUGUUGUAUAUUGUAAUAAAAUCAAUUUUAA